AUGAAGAAACGUCAAAGACAAAAUAAAGCUGCUUUCAGAGACAAGUCUGUAGGCAAAGAGACGGAACCCAGGAAAACCUAUAGCCUCCGGAAACGAAAGUAUGAAUGUGGAAAAGAUGUUAAUUCGACAGAAGUCCAAAACGCCAAACGGAGACGGGUCCAGACAGACCAUAGUGAUCAAAGAACUGAAAUAAAGGUCACGUCAUCAGCUGGAAAACGUAAACGUCAUCCUAAAGAUGUAGGUCAAGGAAAGGAUCAAGAGGCACUGCUUCAGGAUGUCAGUGCAAAGGAGUCAUUGAAAAGAAAACGCGGGAAAAAAUCGAAAGAAUGUGUCCGUUCUGAUGUAGGAUUUAAAACGAAGAUUGCUAAGCGAGUGCUUCGGUCUUCAAUUUACCACACCAAAGAAGAGAAAGGAAAUGUAAACAAGCAGUCUUAUUCUAAACAGAGGUUAGGAUUAAAGAAAACCGGGGAUAAAAAGAGAGACGUUCAACGUAGAAAUCUGUCUGAAAAAUUUAAAACCCAAAGUACGCAGAAAAAGACCACGAAAUCAAUAGUAAGAGGUUCGGCCCAUAAUAGAAAACCAAUUUCAAAGAAGGAAGAACAAUCAAGAUCAAAAAGUCGCCUGAAUUCUAAAGCUGAAAGCUUUAAAAAGUCAAAAGCAAAGACGAUCAAUCAAACUUUGCCGAAAAAUAAACGUAUCAGAAAGUACGUUCAGAAAGUACAAAAUACUGUAUCAGAUGCAAAAUCUUUUUCCAACUUGUUUUUAAAUAAAAUUACGGUAAAAAAGCACCAUACAUUAGAUCAAAUGGAAGCCAACAUACAUGGAAUCAGUGUAUCUGAAGACAAUCUAGUAUGGGUGAACCAUUUGAAAAAUACUGUACAGCUUCGAAGUACAACAGGUGAGGUGAUCAGAACUUUUGAAUUAGACUUCAAACCCGUAUUCAAUUGUUGCACACCCUCUGGUGAUAUUCUUGUAACAGAGGGAUAUGGUGUCAAUGCCAAACCUACUAUAAGUUUUAUAUCAAGAGAAGGAGAUGUCAAAGCUCUUGCUGAUCUUUCUUCGUACGCUUCACAUCUUUGUGGAAUUUUGUGUCAAGAUGAGAGAAUAUACGUUGUUGCUGCAAAAGAUAACAAUUAUUUUAUUAUCAAACUUAAUAUGAAUGGAGAAGUUGAAUGCGUUUAUCACACACAACAGCCGUCAGGAAAUAUAAAUCAGAUUAUUUCUCUAAAUGGUCAAAUAGUUGCCAUUCGCAUAAACUCUGACGGUUUUAUGCCUUUGGAAGCUGAUCACAUUUCAUCAAGAAAGAUGAACAAAGCAAACAUAACCUUAUACUCUGCGAGUGCCUCAGUGGACAGAUUUGGGAACGUUAUCAUGGCAUCAAACGCUUCCCUCUUCAUCAUAAAUUCAAAUUUGGAUUACAUGCAUGAAAUAGCUACUGGUACAUCUGAAGAUAUUAUUUCAACAGCUGUUGAUAAACAAAAUCAAUUGUGGUUCGGUACCAGAUCUGGAAAGCUCUAUUCUACAAAAUACCUUAAAUAACUAAUUCCACUGAGUUAAUGUUUUAAAGGACAAACAUUAUUGGAAAGGAAGUUGAAUUAAAGAGUUUGACGUACAACAAGGAAAACUGG